AACUUAAAAAGUUGUAAAUAGAAAAUCAAGCUAAUCCUUUAACUCAUACUCCAUAUAAAUAUAGUCGGAGCUCCGAAUCUGAAGUUGGGAGCUCCAUUAAAAAUCCGGUGUCGGAGAUGGACCUCGUUGGAACCCUUCAAUCGGAACUCGAAACUCUUAGAAGCAGAAUCAAGGAAUUGGAAUCCGAAAAUGCUAAUUUAUCUGCUCGCCUUUCGAAUUGCAGUUGCCAAAAGACAAAGGAGAAAGGUAAUGGUAGCGUUGUCGUUGUGAAGAGCGGAGUUUUGGAUGGCCAUGGAAAGAAGAAAAAUAAGCUCAGAGAUUUAGGUUAUGGCACAAUGAUGCAUCACUCGAAAAGAUAUGUUGCUUUGAAGGUCAUGUAUUUUGGUCCAAGGUUUUAUGGUUUUGCUUCGGAGGCUCAAAUGGAUCCCACUGUUGAGGGUGAACUUUUCAAAGCUCUAGAGAGGACAAGACUCAUAUUUGGAGACAAGAAGGAAUUGCAAUACUCAAGAUGUGGUAGAACCGAUAAGGGAGUUUCAUCUGUUGGCCAAGUGAUUGCUCUGUUCUUAAGGUCAAGCCAUAGGGACUCAGGAGGGGACAAUAAGUAUUCCGGGGAAAUUUCUGUUGAAGAAUCAUGUGGAGAAAUAGAUUACGUAAGGGUACUAAACCGAGUCCUGCCAAAUGACAUUCGCAUUAUGGGAUGGUCUCCUGUUCCAAUUGGUUUCAGUGCAAGGUUCAGUUGUUUGAGCAGAGUGUACAAGUACUUCUUUUGGAAGGGAAAUUUGAAUAUAACUGCCAUGGAAACUGCUGCUGAAAAAUUCUUAGGGGAACAUGAUUUCAGAAAUUUUUGCAAAAUGGAUGCAGGCAAUGUGCACAACUACCGGCGGCACAUAAUAUCGUUUGAAAUUCUCCCCUUCAAUGAAAGUUACAAAGCUGAUCGACUCAUGAUUAUGAAAAUCAAAGGUAGUGCUUUCCUUUGGCAUCAAAUCCGGUGCAUGGUUGCCGUACUAUUUCUGAUCGGCCAGGGUCUUGAGUCCCCUAAUGUAAUAGAUGUGCUACUGGAUAUUGAAAGAACACCACGGAAACCUCAGUUCCCAAUGGCCCCAGAAAUACCUCUAGUUCUUCAAUCUUGUGAAUUCGAAGGUCUCAAAUUUAUUUGUUCAUCAGAUACAAAGCAGGCUUUGAAUGAACAUUUGGAGAGGGAAUGCCGAAGUUAUAAACUUCAAUCCGCAAUUUUUCAUGAAGCUUUGCUACACUCAUCAUGUGUUGAAAUUGACAACAAUAUAUCAAGUGACCGUACUAAGAAGAAAGAAGCUUCCCACAUUCCUCUAUUGUCUCGACCAACUGAGCCAUCAUAUGAAGAGCGGCGUAAAAAGCUGGAUGCAGAUAGAAAGUGAAUUUAGGAGAAAUGAAAUGAAUGAGAGCAUCGGUGAUACAGAUCCAUGGUGUUUAUGUCUUCUAAUAUUAUCUUGUUGUAACAUUAACUUGUAAUCGUUAUAUGCCGUUUCAUUUAGCCUACCUUUAAUAGGAAGUGUACCUCUAUUGCCCUUCACUUUAAAUCAACAGUUCGUUUUGCGCAUGUUUUUAUUACCACAUGCUACAAGCGUUUUAGAAAUUUUGUAUAUCUUUCCUGUGAUUGCUGGUAGAGCUAAGCCUGGAAUUAGAACUCUUCUUCAAAGCUUUAUGUUUUAGCUGUUGAAAGAUCUAUUUUUUAGGCA